UCAGUUGGCUCGUAUCGCGACUCCGCCAUCGAUGUGCUCGCACCGUUAUAAAAUUGCACAGAAUCAUUACUAUAUCGUCGUUCAGUUAAAUAUCUGUGAUUUGCUCUCCUGCUGAACAGGAAGGUGAUUGCGGUGCGCCUGUUUUCGCUUAUAAUCCCAGCCAAUUAGUUGACUAUACACAGAGAUUUUCGCGGAGAAUUGUGCAGUGUUGGCAAAUUCGCAUCGCAGCGAGCGUUCGCUGAUGGAUGGAUGAUUUCAAAGGGAGUUCAGUGGGGUUUUCUGUGUGAAUUUCCACGUGGAAUUGAGUGCAGUUGAUCUGGAACGAAGAGUGCCUUCCCGCGGGAGUUCCAAGAAGCCCGAGAGACUCUCGAAUGGAGGUGUGAGGGAACUUUUCCACAGUGGAUCUUCAGUUAAUACAGGCGUCUUGAGAUGGAGUCUUCGCGGGCAAAAGUCACACCGUCUUCCAUGUCUUCGGCGAAGAGUGGAGGAGCAACAGUGUACAUCCCCUCCCCAUCAUUGCUCCUCCAGCGCACGCAACGCGUCUACUCAGGUGCACUGACCGCAUCGACAGCAGCGACAUCGCUACCUGGGGAACAUCACCAGUCGCCGAAGACGAGCCACGUCGUGAAGAUUCAAAUCCCGCGCAUCGAGCAAUCGGCGCCGAGAGUCGAUGCAGCUCAGACGUCCGUCAAGUCCUCCACGAGAGUAUCCAUUGUGCCAAUUGUCGUUGAUCGCGUGCCCAGCAAGUUGCCCAAGGACUCCCACGCACCCUUCCAGCCCGCGCAGCAGCCCAAAGUCACGGACAUGGUGCAGAAGCACGAGACGCCCGCGAGCGAGCUGGACGUGAGCCAGUCCUCGUACCUCUACUACAUCCCCAACAGCAUGAGGAGCAGCGGCCAGUGCUCGCCGGACACGCUGGACAGCGGCACGUGCAGUGACAUGGAGGCCACGCCGCCGCCCUUGCCCAAGAAGAUGUCCAAGACCCCACUGGCGGGCGGCAGCGGGUCCACAUCGCCCGUGCAGCAGUCGCCCGAGAGUCCGCAGCCCGUGAACGGGUCACGCCACGUGCGCAACGGCAGUGUCACGGACAGUGAAGAAAGUGAAUCGAGUUUAAGUUGUGAUUCCCUCAAUUGUGCCGAAGUGAUAGUGGACAAGAGUGAUGCGGCCAAAGUGCUCCUGCCCGAUUCGCUGCUCAAGGAUAUUCGCAAGCGUUCGGAGGAGAACGGCAAGGCGGACUUCACGAUAGCCUCCAUGCAGGAGGAGCUGGAGGAGGAGAAGGACCUCGAUCCGAUCUACGACACGGACCGCUUCUACAAGUUCUACAUCAACGAGUACGUGCAGGACCCGGUGACGCAGGGUGAGCCGAAGAUCGUGGACACGGACGAGAGCUUCGCCGGCUACCGGGACAUUCACAGCGGCACGUCCACCAUUCGCAGCUCCAAAGGCACCAUUCGUGGCGUGAAGAACCGCGUGAGGAAUGGCAUUGUCACUUUCCAGCAGAUGCAGUCGAACCUGAAGAACUACAAAGAGAAAGACGCCGGCAAGGUGGUCCUCUACACAACCAGCAUGGGAAUCGUCCGGGAAACAUAUGCCAAGUGCAACUGUCUGAAGCAGAUUCUCCGGACGCUGCUGGUGAAGUUCGAGGAGCGGGACGUCUUCAUGAGCACCGAGUAUCAGCAGGAGAUCAAAGAUCGAAUGCAAUGUGAUAAUAUUGAUGUACCACAGUUGUUUGUCGACGGUCAACAUAUUGGGAAUGCAGAAACCGUUGAGCGACUGAACGAGGAAGGUGAACUGAGGAAAAUGCUGAAAGCCUACAAGUGCCUGGAUCCUUGCUACACCUGCAAAAUGUGCGGCGGCUACAGAUUGCUUCCGUGCCCGUCCUGCAAUGGCUCCAAGAAGUCCGUUCACCGGAAUCACUUCACGGCGGAAUUUGUGUCACUCAAGUGCAUGAAUUGCGACUCUUCUGGCCUGAUCUUCUGCAACUUCUGCAAGAGCGGCUGAUCAAUCGAAUCACGCGUCCGGCGACAAAGAAGUAAAAGUAUAAAAAUUAUUGAGGGAAGCAUGAAAAAAAAACCAUUAUGUGUAAAUAGAAAUAACGUUUUAGUCUCCUAAAUUGUGGUUAAUUAAGUAGAAAAUACAGUAGGAUGAAAGCAAGAUGCAUUAGUUGUGUCUCUAGUUCACUGAAUUAUUUUAUUAGCAAAACGUGUAAUUUAAAAGCAGCUUAAUAAAUUCAGUAAAAUUACAUAU